AUGAAAAUUUUAAUUAUUUAUGUGGCCUCAAUAGCGGUAUUCUAUUUUGUUGAUAAAUCCUUGGAUCUCCAAUUUAUUGAAUCAGACAAACUUAAUCGUUAAUGUGAGACAAAAGUUGAUAAUCAAAAUUAAAGUAUACUCUGUUGUGGGUAUAUAUGGGAAUCUAAUGAAACUAUGGUCACAUUCUAUUUUCGUACACAAACCCAAUUACAACACAUACCUGAUAUUGUCAUUUAUUAUUAAUAAUUUCCUGCAGAGUAAUAACUAAAUAUGACUGAAUUAAUAUCGGUUGACACUAAUAAUUCAUUUCCUAUAGUUAAUGAAAAUUAAGUAGGAAUUGAGGAAUUGAGUAAACAUCAUUUAAAAGCUUUACCUUAUUCAUUCAAAUCAGGAGAUACAGAUGGAAAUGAAAAUUAUCUAAUGACACCUGAAUUAAUAAAAGUUUCAGCUUAUGUUAUUUUUGUCAAAGGUUUAGACAUAGAAUUAGAGGCAUAUUUCAAAAAUAAUUUAAAAUAUUUAGAAGAUUCAUUUGUUACAUUCUUAUGUUUUGUAAUUUUGGCAUUAGCAAUUAAAAUGAUCAAUGAGGAUGAAGAUAAUCUUCUUCCUUUAGGAAAAUAUAUAAAAGAAAAUCAACAUCAUAUGCUCCUAAUGAUAAUUUUAAUUGCUUAACCACUUAGACCCUUGUGUUAUUUCUCAGAAUUUGAAGCUGUAGAAUGGUUAAUCGGAUAGACAUGUUAUGCUAUAGGAGAAUUCUUAUUUUUAAGAUAUUUCUUAUAAAUUCUUUCCUUCCUAAAAGGCUAGGAUAAUAAUACAAAUAAAGGUAGAAAUACUAUUAUAACAAUCUUUGUCAUUAUUCCUAUUAGUAUAGAUAGAUGGUUAAUUGCCUUUGAUAGUUAAUCGUUCGUUAUUAAGGACUUAGAAAAUUAAGUUGAAAACAUUCAUACAAUUAUGAUUAUUUGUUGGUUAUGUUUCUUGGUCUAUUCGGGUAUAUUUGCUUAUGAAGUCAUGAUUAGUUUACAUUCCAAUUUAAUUAGUAAAUUCUAAUCUUUUAUUUAUUAGGACUUGACUUAUUUAUAAUUGACAUCAUCUUUUUCAUUGUCUAUUCAUUCUAAAAGAGUUAAUUUUACUUGUAUUAUGAAAGAUUUGAUCAUCAUUUAUUUAAUCCAAUAAAUAUGUUGAUGAUGGUAUCCUAUAUUGCUAUUCUAUUAAUAAUUGAUUUAAGGAAAGAGAAUGAAAAAAGUAAUGAAUUAUAACCUAUACGACAUCGAAUCAAUUAAGAUGAAGAACAUGGAGAUAAUCUUGAUUUUACAAUUGCUGAAUAUUACAAAGAAAAAGCAAAUGAUGAUCAAGCUUUAAUUUGA